AUGCCAGUCAGCAUCGACAAGCAGUUCAAGCGAGACGUCAAGUCUCAGAAGAUAUGCGGCUCAGAAGAUAAUGAAUGGAAAGAACUUUCUCUGAAGCUUUUAUUUCUAUGCAGCCCAUACAAUGACCUGCGUAGACCUGCCGAUGCAACAAGCCAAGGCAUAUCUGGCGCCAAUUUAUCAAUGAAACGUUUGGAUGCCUACGGCAGUUUCGAAACCUCAACCGUAGAGGAGCUAUGGAACCUCGUAGCAUCGAAGCUAGCAGCCACAACUAGAGAUAUGUGCUUAAUCGGAGUGACGCGAAUAUUGUUAAUCACACCGAUGAAGAUUUGCAUUCUUAAAUCACAUCAGAGAACAGAAGGAAGUGAGGCUGGUUUAAGGGCAUCGGAAACUGUUGGGGCGAGUCCAAAAGCACCAGAAAGUCGUGCUCUUGCUUUGGAGUAA